AUGCCACCCAAAACUAGCGGUAAGGCUGCCAAAAAAGCGGGCAAGGCGCAGAAGAAUAUCUCAAAAUCUGACAAGAAAAAGAAGCGCAGGAGGAAGGAAAGUUACGCAAUUUACAUCUACAAAGUACUGAAGCAGGUACAUCCCGAUACGGGUAUAUCCAGCAAAGCGAUGAGCAUCAUGAACAGCUUCGUCAACGAUAUUUUCGAACGUAUCGCUGCGGAAGCUUCCAGAUUGGCACAUUACAACAAACGUGCCACGAUAACUAGCAGAGAAAUUCAGACAGCCGUACGACUAUUGCUACCGGGAGAAUUGGCCAAGCACGCAGUCAGCGAAGGUACCAAAGCCGUCACCAAGAGGAAGGAAAGUUACGCAAUUUACAUCUACAAAGUACUGAAGCAGGUACAUCCCGAUACGGGUAUAUCCAGCAAAGCGAUGAGCAUCAUGAACAGCUUCGUCAACGAUAUUUUCGAACGUAUCGCUGCGGAAGCUUCCAGAUUGGCACAUUACAACAAACGUGCCACGAUAACUAGCAGAGAAAUUCAGACAGCCGUACGACUAUUGCUACCGGGAGAAUUGGCCAAGCACGCAGUCAGCGAAGGUACCAAAGCCGUCACCAAGUACACCAGUUCAAAAUAA